UAUUAAAACUUUUUCUCCCCCAGGGCCGACCUUACAUGGAGGGGCUGAGCGAGAACCGGCCGCUCCUAUACAGCCUCAUGGGAGCCUUUGGUCUCAUCCUCGCUCUCUCCCUCGGCAUCUUCCCGGACUUUGGGAGGCAGUUUGAGAUCGUCGAGUUCCCGAGUGAGUUCCGGGUGACCCUCAUACAAGUUCUGUGCCUGGACUUCGCGCUGUCGUUCGUCAUAGAUAGAGUCUGCCUAGCACUCUUUGGGGAGGGCAAGUUGGCACCCUCCCUGCGGCACUGAGAGAGAGAGAGA